AUGGUUAUGAUAUUCAACCUUAUAGUGUUCGAUGAAUUUUCUGUAGCAUCUAAGGAUGUUAUUCUAGAACCACACAAGAUGCUUAUGAUUAACACAUAUACUAUUGAGGAAAGCAACUAUGUUACUGGUGUUGGAAAUGAAGGCAAGAAUGAGGAAGAAGAGCUUUUUGUCAUUGGAAAUAAAAUACGGCAAUUUGUUCCUGCAUUUGUGGGAAUACCUUCACUAUGGUUUGAUUCUCCAUUUUCUAGUUUCGGUGACUUUGCCAUGUUUAGUAUGCUACAUAAACUUGGAAUAGCCCGAUGCUCGGAGGAGUUGUGUGGAAUGCUUUCAACUUGCAGAUAUGACCAACUUACUAACAGAGGUAUAACUGAUCACUUUUGUAGACUUGGUCAUGUUUCACUUGUCUUAACUUUGCAUCUGUUUCCACCUGAUCAAUCCAGAUUAGCGUUUCCAUUUGAUCCUGGCUCUUGUUUACUUACCAUGUUUCUUAGAGUUACAAGAAACUCUCUAUUUUGUCUCGCUUCGGACAACUUGGGUCAUAAUAAGUUCAUUAUGUCAACCUUGUGGUAUUCUUUCAAUUGGGUUGGUAAAGGACAAGAGCAAUGUCUUCCUGGUUUCUUAUUGUCUAAGUUGGGAGAGCUGGGUAAGGCGGAGAAAAUACAGGGGUUGCUAGAGGCAUUUGCUGCACGAUAUUCGGAGCGGUUUCCCAAUAUUCUUGUCAACAAAGAUGAUGUGCUCUUGUUUGCUAUGUUUGGUGUUCACGUAUCAAAGCCAUCUUCGUCGUAUCUUGUCUUUGAUCCUGGUCUAUAUCUUGAUGAUGACUCUGUUGUUUUUGGUGUCGUGGAGAUGAAGGCUGUUUGGAGGACAUGUGUAACAUCCGGCAAUAUGAAAUAA